AUGACGCGUCUUCUGUGAUCAAUACCUAAGAAGCAGGAAGACGAGAAGGGGUUCGUGAAGCAGGACGAGCUGGACGAGGAGUACUACGGCGGCGAUCUCCCCAAGCACAAGCAGAGCACCUCCCUGGCCCACUACUUCGAGCCCAACUGUCCUUGCUGCCGCAACAUGACGAAACGAUACACCAUCGCCAUGCUCAGCUCCAUAGGCUUCAUCAUCAGCUUCGGCAUCCGAUGCAACCUCGGGAUCGCCGUCGUUGCCAUGGUCUCCAACAGCACGGACAGCCCUGUACCGGAGUUUGAUUGGACUCCUGAAACUAUUGGCAUCAUCGAUUCUUCCUUCUUUUGGGGCUACCUAAUAACGCAGAUUCCUGGUGGAUUUUUAGCAGCCAAGUAUCCAGCCAACAGGGUAUUUGGUACGGCAAUAUGCGUCUCGUCUAUUCUGAAUAUGCUACUGCCGGGAGCUGCAAAAGUACGUCCAGUGGUGGUCAUCAUGGUCAGGAUAUUACAAGGUCUGGUAGAGGGAGUGACGUAUCCGGCCUGUCACGGGAUGUGGCGUUACUGGGCCCCGCCUAUGGAGAGAAGUCGGCUGGCCACGCUGGCGUUCUGCGGUUCUUAUGCCGGAGCGGUAGUGGGUAUGCCUUUAUCAGGGUUCCUGACGGAUUUGGCUGGCUGGCAAGCGUGCUUUUAUUUCUAUGGUUUUGCUGGAGUGGUGUGGUAUGGCUUCUGGAUGUGGCUCUGCUUUGAAAAACCCUCAAAGCAUCCAACAAUUUCCCAAGCAGAGCUGAUCUACAUUGAAAAUAGCAUAGGGAAAGUCUCGCACUCGGCACCUACGCUUAAAACAACCCCUUGGAAAGCCAUGUUCACAUCUAUGCCUGUGUACGCGAUCAUCGUGGCCAACUUUUGCCGUAGCUGGACCUUCUACAUGUUGCUCAUUUCGCAACCUAUGUACCUCAGACACGUCUUCAACUUCAAUAUUGAUGAGUCUGGUAUCCUCGGAGCGCUGCCCCACCUUCUGAUGACUAUAGUGGUGCCGUUUGGAGGACAACUGGCUGAUUACUUGAGAAGACGGGAAAUCCUGACUACUACGUCUGUCAGGAAAAUCUUCAAUUGUGGAGGUUUUGGACUAGAAGCGGCGUUUUUGCUCAUCGUUGCGUACACUAGAAGCACAGCGACCGCUUUGAUAGCUUUAACUCUUGCAGUAGGAUUUAGUGGAUUUGCGAUUUCAGGCUUCAACGUGAACCAUCUCGACAUCGCUCCCCGAUACGCGAGCAUCUUGAUGGGAAUGUCAAACGGGUUUGGAACGCUGUCCGGAAUGAUAUGCCCCAUUGUUGUCGAGUCACUUACACUUCACGAAACUGCCGACGAAUGGCAGAAGGUAUUCCUUAUCGCCAGCAUGAUCCACUUUGGCGGGGUAACCUUCUAUGCCAUCUUUGCAUCGGGAGAAAAGCAGCCUUGGGCAGAACCGCCGGCCGAGGCAGAGGGACCAUCUUGGAACCCGCUGGAGAACGCUUUCAAGGAAGUACCCGGAUCCACGCAGAACGGAGGGGUGCCUUCGGCCGAAGUCACCCUCCCGCUAUCCGAGACCCACCUCCCUUCAUACGGAUCCACCGAGGCCGUUCCGCCCUCGUACGGAUCCGACUAUUACCAGCAGCAACCGGUCUACGAAACCAGGCAGGAAAUGGUGCAACAGCCAUCGACCGAUCGGUACAUGCACGGUACCAUCGAGGAUCGGGAGUACUAA